AUGGCGGAGGAGUUGUCAUCUGUUCGUGCAGAACACAAAUUUGAUGAGACCGCCCUUCACGAAUACCUAAAGAAGAACUUGCAGGGUUUUCCCAGAGGUCCUGGGACUUUGAAUGUUUUGCAGUACAGGUUUGUAUUUGAUCUGAUUGUGUCAAUGAUCAGCAAGACUUCGGAUCUAUCGUCUUGCAUACCAGCUGAUCAAUUUCUCUGACGAGAGUUUACUUUGGGGAAAGUGGUGCCGUUUUAAAGUGUGCUCUAUACUAAACUUGGUGGUUUUGUUCUCACUCUCCCUUGGUGCUUCACAUUCUACAAUGAUUUGUCUUUGCUACGAUCCAGUUGUUGCACAAUCUGGAUCUGAGUACCACCAGCCUGUGGGCAAGCUCUCCGGGGAGCUCUGGCGGCGGGACGGUAAAAAGAAGGAGAUCUUGCAACUACAUGAAUGUCUCUGGAAUUUGAAUUCCACGUCCAGUUCCCCUGUGGCUGCCUGUAGACUGAGCUGUCAGAUUUCUGCCAAUCAGCGUGAAGUGGAAAGGAGCACAAAUGUAAACAAAUAUUGAAAAACACAUACCAAGGAUAAUGACGUCGUUACUAAUGUCAUCUUCGCCAGUCAGCAGUUUUCAUCAACUUUUGGAUGCAGAUAUUCAAAUUCCAGAGAUGUCGUUGCGAGCUCCCCUUCCUUUUCCCACCCCGCCACCAGAGUGCUCUUGAGAGCUUGCUCACAGGCUAGAGUACCACCGUCACUCCCUGAUAACAAAAAGCAGUUGAUAACAAAAGCAGUACAUUCGUGAUCUUCCCAAUAAAAUAUCACAUUGGUGGGGAUAUGAUUGCAAGUUAGUUAAUCCAAACAGUGACAUGUGCUUUCUCCUGAACCAAAGGUCAUUUACACAAACACCCAACCCCUCCACCUCCCAUCUUGAUGGGAUUUUCUGAGGGGAAGCUGUGUUCAGACUCUUUUAUACAUGUAGUGUUUUCAAAGAGAAUGUCAAAAAAAUUUAACAGUCCUUGUCAGCACUUUAAUAUUAUUGUUAUUUUUUAUCUUUUCUUUAUUCCAGUUCGUGUUGGUCUUUUAAUAUCUGAUUUGUCCAUAUCAGUGAGCAAGGAUAUACGUCAAUUUUAUUAUUGAAAUGGAUCUUUUUCCAUUCCACCUGAUCACAACAUUUUCCUUUGACCAUAUAUUCUGGUGUUUGCAGUUUUCUUAGGUUGACAGUAUAUGUUCUUCUUUAGUUCAGGGCAGUCAAAUCCAACAUUCUGCUUGAGCAAGAAUGGAAAAAAAUUUGUCUUGAGGAAAAAACCUCCUGGAAAGCUGCUCAGAGGUGCUCAUCAGGUAUGCCUUGUUCAUUUUUUUUAUCUUUGUAGUUUGAUCGUGUAAUUCAAUGUUUUGAAAAGAUCAUAGUCCCACACCAUUAUAAGGGGUAACAGUGGAGUCCAAAAUCACCUUCCUCCCCUUCCUUGAAUUCCCAGUUUCUUCCCUUCAGUGCAAUGUUUAUUUUGAGAUGUUAAGCAUUGUAUUUUUUGGCUGCAUACCUCCCUCAAUUUCUCCUGCUUUCUCCCUUUUAGAACUCUCUCCUCUUGUUUUUUCUCUUCCCGCCCCCUUUUCUCCUACAUCAUUUUUGGCAAUAGAGUAGUGAGAAGAGUAAGAAUAAUAUUGGUCAUUUUUUAAAUUAUUAAACUGUUCAUGUUAUCCUUCAGCAGCAUGAUUGAUUGCUCUAAUGAGGCCUUAAAAUCCUGUUUUUUAAAAAAUAAAAAUAAAAACAACAGUUUAGCCCUCAUUAGAACAAUAAUUUUUUAUUUAUUAUAUUCAUAUUUUUGGAGCCCAGACAAUGGUUUGUAAGAAUAAUUCUAAUACUGUAAGAACUUUACAAUGAUGUUGUUUGAGAGAACUUUUUUCAGUCUUACUGAGAUUUUUUUUAUUGCAGGUUAAGAGAGAGUUUAGAGUGCUGUCUGCUUUGAAUAGCAUUUCUUUCCCUGUACCCAAACCUUAUCUUUACUGUGAAGAUGCAUCUGUUAUUGGUACAGAAUUCUACAUUAUGGAUCAUGUUAAGGCAAGUUUUUGUCACUUUGCAUUGUUCCAUUAAAAAGUGUUUUUAACUUUCGGAAAAGCCUCAUCUGAGUUCUUCUUAACAAGGCUUUGGAGGUUUAAGCCCUUGCUGUGAUUGAAACAUUUAUGAAUGCCUUCCCUUUGCCACAGGGACACAUAUUUCGCAGACCAAAGCUGCCUUCUCACACAGCCAGUGAGAGAAGGGUGCUUUACAACUCAAUGAUAUCAACGUUGGCUAGGCUGCACAGUAUUGACUGGAGAAGCUUAGGACUCUCAGAUUUUGGUCAUCAAACAAACUACUUAAGGAGGCAGGUAAGAUUAUCAAAAGUGAUUAAUUAGCAAUUUUACUGUAAGUUAUUUCAAGUUUCAAAUAAAGGUAAAAAUUCAUGAAAAUCUCACAUUUCUGUUGCUCUACCUAUAAUAGCAUAAAAAAUAAAGGGCUCGGCUAGAUCAUAGUACCUUUAGUUAGUUUUUAUUUUUUGUUAAGUCUAGACUUCAACGUGAGAAAGCAAAAACCUUUUAAAUUGGUUGGGUGAGAACCAGCCACAUUAGAACAAAUGAUUCCAGAGGAUAAGACACCGUACUUUCAUACAUACCGAGUCUCUUUCACUAUUCUGUUUCCUUGAACAAGAGGGAAAACCCCAUUUAUACUGUUCUAUUUAUUGUUCUCCACUCUCAGUGUGUAUAGAACUUGACAUUACCCAAGGGUAACCCCCCAGGGACCCCACUCACAUAUUUUAAUGACGGGGGGGGAGGGGGGGUCCGACAGAGGUUCAUAUUUGAUACCCAAAAAAAUCCCAACUUCAGAAUUUGUCUACCCCAAAAAAAUCCCUACUUUUUUUAGCAUACCCAAAAAAAUCCCUCAGUGUUUUUGCAUCAGCAAAUUUUAUUAUUUAUCUUCUGGAAAGCUAAAACAUGCCAACUUCAACUUUGGUUUUGGACAAAAACAAAACUAUAAAUUGCGCUUAUGUUAUUUUUGAUUUGAGCUGAUGAAAAAUACAAUACCCAAAAAAAUCCCUCUGUUGUUUUCGCGACCCAAAAAAAUUCCGGCGUUUUUCAUAGACCCAAAAAAAUCCCUUUUGGCCAAAAUGUCAGACCCAAAAAAAUCCUUUGGACCCGCCCGUCAUUAAAAUAUGUGAGUGGGUCCCCUGGGGGUAACCCUUUGAUAGACCAUGGUACCAUCCCUCUUGGAAAUGACAAUGUCUUGCUAGCUUUAUUUUUUUAGAAUAAUACUUAUAGUAAAUGUUUUCAGGUUUCCACUUGGGACAAACAAUACAGAGCAUCAGCAACUCAGCCAAUAAAUGCAAUGGAAAAGCUUUUAUCCUGGCUGGAAAAAAAUAUUCCUCCCGAAAGCACCCAAGAGACAGGUAUGUGGCUAGAUUUCACUAGAUACUCUGGGAAAUCCACCAUCAUUUCUUGAUUUAGAAAAUAGGUAUUUUCUGGACUUCAUGUUACCUGCUUUAAUCUAUUCAGUAAGUGUUUAGGUAAACCAUUUUUAGAGGUUAUUUUUUCAUCCUUUGUUCCACUUUAGCCAUUGUUCAUGGUGACUUCAGACUGGAUAACCUUAUAAUUCAUCCCACGCAGGUAAGUGGUUUAAAAUUAAUUCUGCAAUCAGAGCAGUGCCAUAUGAAGAAGUUUGCUUUUCGACAAGUAAGAAACAUAACAUAUGGUUGCAGACAAGAGGAAUGUGUACAGGACAUUUUCAAAGAGAGGCAUCAAUAAUAAAAUUAUUUUAGAACUUUGCAAUGGCGCUCCAUAAAACAGGUCAUUAAAGAACUAAUGCUCACCAAAAAAUACUCCUAACAGAUGCUAGCACAUGAAAUGCACUGAUGAUCUCAAGCACUGUCUAACUUUUACAUUCAGCUAACUGUGGCAGCCGUUUUGGACUGGGAGUUGUCAACUCUGGGUGAUCCAAUACUUGAUCUUGCUCACAAUUGUGUUCCUCAUCACUUCCCAAGAGAACCUGCAAGGCUGCUGCCUAAGAAAAAUUUUAGGUAGCCCUUCGGGCUCCUAAAGUUUAAAGUUAGGAGCCCGAGCCACAUUGUUAGGAGCCCAGUUUGAAAUCCAUGUAUUGUUUUUCCAAGAUCAUUACAUAGGUUAUAGAGGUUCUUGCACACUUUAAUAAGAAUUCGCCGGGCCUAAUAAAUAACACGUAAACAAGAAUUAACCGAAUUAUUUACUUUCAUACGUUGCAAACUGGUACAUGAAAUCGAACAUCAAGCACGUCCAGUCGAUAGCACGCAAGAUAGCUUCCCAUUCUCGCCACAAAAAAGUUAUCAAAUCGACGAAAACCCAAGCAAACGAUGAACUGCACGAAUGUCAACAUAGGCAACAAACAGCCCAUAAUUUUGCUAUUCCAUAUUUGGAAGUCAAAUCUCAGACCCAGUCUUCAACUGCCAUCCGGACUCGGAAACGAUGGCUUCGUUCGUUUCGACAAAGCUUCACAGUUGAACACGUUAGGUUUACAUAAUUUACGGUUUAUUUGUGGAAAUUUUAUACUGCCUAAUCGCAUCAUCGCUAACCAUAUCAACAGUUCCACUGUUUAAAGUCCUACUCCAGCUAAAGGAAUAUAAUGUACAAGGAGGUUAAGUCUAAUGCCGUGUGUUAAGUCAGGCGCCCGCGCGGGCUCCUUGUACCGAAAUUUGGUCGCCCAUGCUCUUACCUUGGGCGCCUCUGGCGACCGGGCGCCCGUUAGGCAGCAGCCUUGAGGACCUGCAGACAUGCUUCCUGCAUUUUCCUUAGGUGAGUUUUAUCAAUCUUGUUUGCCCAUUCCCAAAGUAUUUCAUUUUUCUUCAAACUGUAACAAUAACAUGGCCUGGAAAAUGCUUCUCAAGGGAUUAUCCCAUCAAUAUAUCAUCAAAGCAACCUCAGGUCCUACUAAUAUAAACUUGUUUUAUUCUUUAACUGUUUUAGCAAGUCCAAGUGCUGGUAUUCCAUCAGAGAAGGAGUUGGUCUCUACAUACUGCAAGCUUCGUGGCUUUAGUAAAACUUCAUUUCCAAACUGGAACUUCUACCUUGCUCUGUCUUUUUUCAGAAUGGCUGCUAUAGCCCAGGUUUAGUAUGGCCAUUUUUUUUUUACCACAAACAAGCCCCUAGGCUAUAGGUGUUAGGAAGUUCUCCUUGGGGGCGGGGGAGUCACAUUAUGAAAGGAGAGGUACAGGCUAAAUUUAGAAUAUUUAAUGGAUGACAAAAUGCAUGUGACAUGAUUGAUUAGAUCAGGUUAAUUGUUAUUUAACCAGUAAAAUUUGCAGAGAAGGCAUAGGCUACUCUCAAUUUUCAGGGGUCUGCCCUGGUUUCUGAAGCAUCAAUCCCAGCUUCUUUGCUGUAAAUGAAAUAUCACUAAAAAAGACUUAAGGCACUUUUCAUUUGUCAUUACUGACCAGCCAGACCAUUCUUUUUUUAAUAAGAAUUUCACUUUUAAUCAAAACUAUCCAGCCAGAUCGGUCAAAUCCUAAAUAGGAUGAAUGAAGGAGGUGCUUUUUCAGCAAAAACCCUUCGGAAAAAGCCAAUUUCAUUUGCUAACUCACUGGUCUGGCAAUGGUCUGGCCGGCCAGUUCUGACAAAUGUAAAGCACCAUAUGACACCAAAUUUGUGAUUGGUUUUACAGGGAAUCUAUGCAAGAGCUAUGCAGGGCAAUGCUAGUGCACCUAAUGCUGCUUCAUUUGGACAAAUUGUGCAGCCAUUGGCUGAAGCAGGGUUGAGAUUAGCUCUCCAAGAUCAGUAAGUUGAAGCAUGAAGAUACUGACUGUUUAGUCACGACCCAUCUGGUGUGAUUGUGAUACGUGUUCAUACUUUGUCACAAAAUCCUGAUUUAUUGUCAUAAUCCUAACUGCUAUUGUGUGAGUGUGGUGUAAUUUGUCUAAGAAUAAUUGUUUUACUUUGUUUCAGAAAACCCUCUGUUAGUCACAGCAUUGCUCCACGCCAAUGUAACAAUACCUCAAUCUUUCAACCAUCUGAAAAAGCUCAAGCAUUGUAUUCCAAAAUGAAAGCAUUCAUGGACAAAUAUGUUUACCCAGCUGAACAGGUAAUAAUUUUAGCAGACAACAGUAUUAAAAUCAUACCCUGAGCUCACAGGUUUUUCUUGAAAUUUUUCCCUGUGUGAGAGAGAAUGAGCCAUAUGAAGCAGCAAAAACGAGUCGCAAAGGUCCAAGAUAGCCAAGGGGUUUUCUCUUCCUCCCCACAUUGCAAUUUGUUUUCACUGCUUUGUAGCUCAUUCACUCAAAAUGAGGCUUAGAAAAAUUUCAAGAAAAACCUCUUUACAAGGGUAAUAAAAUGUUUCAGGCAGAGGAAAUUAUAUCUAUCAACAAUACAACUUUUGGAAAUAUUGGGGAAAAAAAUUGGUAAUUUGAAACAUUAUUCUUCUCCAGGCCUUCUAUGAGCAUGCAAGCAAUCCUGAAACACAGUGGAGCAUCCCUCCUUUAAUGGAGGAGUUAAAGGUACUUACAGUAUUUUUUAAGAUGUAAAUGUAUAGAUUUUGAUUGUUUCCUUACUGAUGUAAGUCCACUCAGAACAUCUCUGGGAAAAAAAAAAACAAUCAUAUUAAUUGUGAAGUAUCAUCUUCUACAAUGCUUUUUCCAGCAAAAAGCAAAAUCAGAAGGCUUGUGGAACCUAUUUCUUCCUGGUGUAUCAGGUUUAAGUCAACUAGAUUAUGCUUUAUUGGCUGAGAUUACUGGAAGAUGUCCUUUUGCUCCAGAAGUCUUCAACUGCAGUGCACCAGGUAAAUAAUUAUGUUUCUAUGAGACAAUGUUUUGCAAUUAAGUGAAAUAUGGUAGCUCUGAAGUGUUUUCUAGGAAUGUUUAAGGUUUUUUUGGAUAGGUGUAUUGCAGCGUUUGCCUGUCGACCUAAUUCAAUAGAACGAAUGUACAUUUAUCCCCAGCAGGUUUCUAAUGAAAAUAAAACUAAGAAAAACAGCUCCUUGGCUCCCAGAACUGAAAAAAAUGGCAGAUGUAAGCUAGAUGAAAGUGUGAUUCAUAGUCCAUUGUGAUCAUGUACUCGACUUCAGUUCUGUCUUAAUGUCGCUAGUCAGUCGCUGUUGCUUGCCAAUGAAAAUUAUCGAGGAAAGCGGCUUCAAAGGGAAAAGUGGGGAGUCUGUGGACCCUAAUCACUCUUAUACUGUGUACAGCCACCCCUCCCCUAAAACAAAUCAACUGUUUUCAAGGGGAGGGGGAGGCUGUACAUAGUGUACCUCCUCCUGAGUGCCUGUGAAGAGGGCAGCUUCAGUUCUGUUUCCAUGGCCAUUUCUUUUGAUGACUGUAUUUGUGUUAUGUUUCCUCUAGACACUGGUAACAUGGAGGUUCUUCAUUUAUAUGGAUCGGAGGAACAAAAGAAACAGUGGUUAGAGCCUCUUCUCAGAGGAGAGAUACGCUCUGUCUUUUGUAUGACAGGUACAGUAACAACAUUGAGGUUUGUUAACAAAGAGCAUGCUAAGUAGACACAUUAAAAAUAUGACUUGCUAGUGAGUGCAGUGCAUGCGAGGGAGGAAGACACAAGUCUACCACCCUGCCAUGCUUGCAUCAAGACCUCUUCAUUCACACAGGACAAAAAAAUUGGCUUUACACAGCAGAUUACAACACGUACAAAGGAGAAAAGUCAAAAGUACAUUGCUUUUGUCACUUUGAACAUUGUCUUCAAUUUCUUUUGUCUCAGAACCUGACGUUGCAUCUUCUGAUGCGACAAACAUGGAGUGUCAGAUCACCAGGGAAGGCAGGGAAGUUGUUAUCAAUGGAAGAAAGUGGUGGAGUAGUGGUAAUUGAAAAUUAUUCUAAACUAUCAAUGUUAUCAAACUGUUCUUUUUCAGUCAGAGAGCAGUCAACAUCUCUUAUGAUGGGCCAAAAGAAAAUUACUGCACAGAAGUUUCAUUUGAAUGUUCGCAACAUAGGAUUUCAGCCACAGACUCAAAAGAUAGAACCACCUUGUACAGCAUAAUAAACAGUACCACAGGAAAGUACUGCUCAGUAGCUUUCAUUUGAAUGGUCACACUUUAGGAUUUCAUCCACAGACUCAAAAGAUAGAACCACCUUGUACAGCAUAAUAAACAGUACCACAGGAAAGUACUUCUCAAUAGCUUUCAUUUGAAUGUUCAUACUCAAAUGAGCGAGCAACAAACACAAACCAUGUAAUGCCAUUAUGACGGCAAGAAAAGAUGAAAAGAAAACAGAGAUCAAUGUGCAUGAAACAAGUUGCUUAGAAGUACAAACUAUUUUUAGCGGCACAAUACUAAGAGAAUUCUUUUCAUAUCAGGUGCCGGAGAUCCACGUUGUAAGAUUGCUAUUGUGAUGGGAUGUCAUGCAGGUGAAAACUUACCAAAGUGAGCACAUGAAACUCUUUCUAAUAAAACAAUUUAUCAGAUGCCACAACUUGUAGAUAAAAAUGCCUUCAGUGUUGAAAUUUAGCCUGCGUAACACGCGGAAAGAAAGAAGGGCAACGCGCGUGAGGAUGAGAGCUUCCUUAUCGCAUGUGUCCUGACACCUUGCGCGGGCCGCAUUUCCUCGCGCCCUUUCGCGCCAUAUCUUGAGAGGCCCAUUUAUACCACUCUGGAAAUAACAACGAGAGAAUAAUACUUCUAGAGUAGUUUUGUUCGCCUUACCUGUGCACGAGUACAAGUAAAAUGGAACAGGAAUACGACAUAACGUAUCCCUGUUACAUUGAAUAUAUUUUCGCAGUCCCUUCGGCACUUUGUUGUAAUGAGAUUUCACUGUAGCAGUCUUCGCACCUCAUUUCAGGCACCAGCGCCAUACGAUGGUACUAGUCCCACUGGAUACCCCAGGGAUAACAAAAGUCCGGGCUCUCACGGUGUUUGGCUACAAUGGUGAGUACUUGCUUGUAUCGUCCUUACUUCUUUACCAACAGGUGACUCUCUCUUUCCUAAAGGUCGUUUUAGCUUGGAAAAAAGAAAAAAACUAAACUCACGAGAACUGUGGGAAGGAAUGAACCCCUUGCCUUCCUAUAGUUCACCACGCGCCAAUGUUUGCUUAUCGCAGCGACACUUUUGCACUUUUGAGGAGUUAAGCCUCUGACAAGAUCCCGAAACUAACGGUCUCGUGAGUUUAACGCUCCCGAGAAGGGAGAAGAGCAUCGUUCCGCCCGAAAGUAUAAUUGAGGCCAAUUUGACGUAACUAGUAGGCAGUGACUAUUGUAAUGAGAUUGUCUAAGCCUUUUUUUCUUCACCAUUUAACACUGAGAGUUUUAUCGUUGCUAUAAGACUUAUAAUUAUUCCACAGCUUGUGGUACGUAAGUAUCCCGGUCCAUUUUCCUCAAGUUUCUUUCUUUCUUCUUUGUUUUCCGUUUUAGACGCACCGCAUGGCCACUUCGAAAUAGUGUUCGACAACGUUCGUGUACCUUUGACGAAUGUUAUACUGGGUAUGUAUACAAGAGUUAAAUCUCACGGUCCUAUCAUGGACGGAAGAAAAUCGGCGACAUCAUGAAUUUCAACUAUUAUUUGGAAUUUAUGAGGAACCCGUUGCAAAUUUAAUCUUCAAGUCUUCAAUUUUUGAGCUCGUCUGCAUCAACAAUCUUUAUACGAAGAUUUACACAUGUAAAGUGAAUUGGAACUUCAAAAAGGUGUAUUUAAGUUUCUAUAUUACCAGCUAGCUAAAGUUAUUAUCACAUUUACUUGAAAUCCUUGUGGACUCUUACCCCUGUUAUCUUUAAUGAUCCACAAGGGUUUGGUCUAAUUUUCAUCCAAGGGUAUUCACUUUUAUGCUUUAUUUUUCAUUUAUUAAAAAGGGGAUUUUUAUGAACUAAUUUACCCUAGCAAAUUUCUGCAAAGAUAUGAUGAGUUAAUAACAUCAUCCGUGUAAUGUUAAAAUAUUCAACUCUUCUUUGUUUUUAUUCUUGUUGCUUUUGUUUCAUGACAGGGGAAGGGCGAGGAUUUGAGAUAGCUCAAGGCCGUCUGGGUCCUGGGCGAAUUCACCACUGCAUGCGUUCAAUUGGACUAGCAGAACGAUCACUCGAACUUAUGGUUAAGCGGUCUUUAGAGAGAGUGGCCUUUGGAAAGCGUUUGGCCGAAAAGGUUUGUAGUAGGCGGUUCAAGGUCCUGUUACACGACUGAAUCUGUUAGCCAAACAUGGCAAUGGGAUCCUACUGGUAGCUAAAACGAGUACGCCGGACGAUAACGUUGAGAAGUUUUGUUGCCAACGAGGCUUAGGGACUAGGCAAGGCCACAAGUAGUAAUACCACUUACCUCAAUGGAUUACACUCGUGAUAAGGAACCCGUCGCAUGGGAGUCUUGUCAUGUAUUGCAGUUACUAAAACGUUGUAUCACUGAUGUUUCUUUAGGGAAUGGUACAGGAGCAGAUUGCUCUGUCAAGAAUUGAAAUUGAACAGGCCAGACUGCUUGUGCUUAAGGCGUCACACACCAUCGAUUGCCAUGGAAACAAAGCUGCAAGAAAACAGGUGGGUAUGUCAGCAGUAUUGGGAGCACAGGGCAACCAGGGCUAUCGGGAAUGUCACUCGUGUGUAACCCCUUAGUUCUAGUCUACAGCUUAGUGUGACUUAAGUUAGUGACCAUGCCAAAUUGAUCUUCUUCAGUUGUUGCAACGUGCGUUCUUCGUUGGGAGCUUAAGCAACCACGACGGCGACGAUAACGGCAAAUAAUAAAAAAAGAUUUAUAGGGUUUCGUACCGGUCAUGGAAAACCUGGAAAGUCAUGGAAUUUAAGCAUUUCACUUACAAGGCCUGGAAAUGCAUGGAAUUUAAUUGUCGGUUCUUGAGAGUCAUAGAAAAUUAAAGUUUUAUUUGAUAGAUUAGUUACUGCCGAUGACAAGGCAAGGACAAUAUAAAAUAGAGAGAAGUGAUUUAACAGCGCGAACGGCACGCAUUUUGGUGGACACCAGAGUUUGUGUCUGUUGAACUGUUUAAGGUCCAGAAAUACCCUAAAACAGGGAAAGUCCUAAAAAGGUUUGAAAGUGACAGCUAAACCUAAACUGACGUGAUACAACUCACUUUGACUCUGAAGAUGACUACCGCACAGGUUGUCGAAACGUCAGUCACUGUCAACAACAACAGUCCUAUUCAGGACUACGUUCACCCGGACGAUCAAACUCAACCUACUUUUGAAAUGACUCCUGGGUUCAAACCUUUCACAGUUUUAAACCUGAAGUCUUGGAAAAGUUUUAAAAGGUAAUAGAAAAAGUCAUGGAAUUUGAAGUGCCCAAACGAGUACGAACCCUGGGUUUAUAAUUAGAUUGGAAAAACAACAUUUUUGCACGUGCAUCACGCUUUUUUGUACAUUUCUUUGCCGCCGCUAAACGGCCACAACCGGUGAAAGUGCCUAAUUUCACGUUUUGUCCAGGACGUGGACGAAGACAACGACUUCAUUGUUCUUUUCCUGAACUUUGAUAUAGUGUUUUAGAAUUCAACUCCAGAAAUUUUGCCAACAUUUGACGAAUUGAACGAGUUGGAAUAAGCGCGAUAAAGUUUGAAGCAGCGCUAAUUCACGUUUAUAGUGACGCUUUCGUAGACCUCGCCGUACGUCGUUGUCGCGUAAGCUCCCUAAUGUUCUCUAUCUCAACUUGAAGUUUGUCUGGCGGCUCUGUGUGAGAAAGAAAGUACGGAGCUGUGAACACGAAUGAAACAGCUGAACCUUUUCUUGUAUAUACCUCUUUUUUGGUAAUAGUAGUGUACUGUUAUAGCGAGAUUAGUUUAAUGGCGAAAAUUUCAGUAUUGAUCUGUCUUGCUAUGACAAAUGAUAUUGAAUUUGCUUACCUGGUGAACCAACCAAAUUCCAGCAGAGAAUUGGUUGAAAAAGACUGUUUUACAUCGAUUGAGAACUUCACAAUUUAACUCUUGCAGAUUGCUAUGGCAAAGAUCGCAGUUCCUCGCAUGGCCUGUAACGUUAUUGACCGAGCGAUUCAGGUGCAUGGUGGGAAGGGAGUAUCCCAGGAUACACCGCUGCCUUAUUUCUAUACAGGAGCUCGGAGUCUGCGCAUUGCUGAUGGCCCGGAUGAGGUUCAUUUGGAGGCAGUGGCUAAACUUGAGCUGAAGGAAGCACUCAAAUCCAAGAUGUAA